GAGAGAGAGAGAGGGGUUUGAAUUUGGGAAGCUAGGGCUUUUUAUUUAUUUUUUUGUUCAUGAAAAUGGUGGAGAGGAGAAAGCCUCUAGUACUAUGUUCCACCAAACAUGUGAUCAAUUCCUUAUUGAGCUCUUCUUCCACUUGGUCAAGCAACAACCUCUUCUUCCAUGACCAUGACCAUGACCAUGACCAUGGCCAUGAUGAUGAAUGUUUGCCCAAUUUCCACUUACCUGUUGGCAUUCUUCGAUUCUCCAACCUCGAAAAUCAACCCCAAUUCCUUUCUCUUGACCAUUCUGCGCUCCUUGGCCUCUCCACUUCUCUUCUCAAAAGGCUUUCCAUUACUUCAGGUUCACUGGUUCUGGUCAAGAAUGCUGAGAUUAACAUACAGAGAAUUGCAGUUGCCAUUGCUCUUGAUCCUCCACGUACCACCCCUGAUACUGAAUCACCUUCUUCUUCUUCUUCUUCUUCUUCUUCUUCUUCUUCUUCUCGAAUUAUGCUUGUAUUUCCUUCUUGUGAUUUCCCUCGUAGUGGCCCGUUGUUGUUAGAUGAUGAAUUUGCUUAUUUAUCUCCACUUUUAGCCUUUAAUCUUAACUUGCACAUGACAUGCUUAAAAUCCAUUCUACACCAUGGCGAAGACGCUUUAGCGUCUUAUUUCAAAUCCCAAGGGGGUGACUGUGAUGAAGACACUGCUAAAAGCGUUAACGAUUCUGUCAUCAACGUUGAAUUGGCACCUCUUGCUCAACCUCCAAGGUUUGCCUCACUUCUGAGGGUUUCUUUUGUUAAGAUACCAGAAUGUGGCAUCCUUGAAUCUAUUAGAGCAAGUUCACCUGUUGAAUCUGAAGAACGUCAAGACAUGAUUGAUUUGGCAUUGCAAAUGUACUUUGAGGUCGAUAGGUAUUUGUCAAGGGGAGAUGUUUUUGGAAUUAACAUAAAUUGGAAAUGCAAUUCCACUAUUUGCAUUCCAUGCAGCCAAAAAUCACAAAAGAAAAAUGACAACCUUGUCUGUUUCAAGGUAUGUUUACCUCUCUCUUUUUUUUUCCUAAACCUCAAAAAAAUGUCAAGUUCUUUGUUAGAAUGUAACUUAUAUCUUCAGGUCAUUGCUAUGGAACCAUCAGAUGAACCAGUUGUUCGUGUCAAUAGAACCUUAACUGCUCUGGUCCUAGUAGGGAGUGCCCCAUCCGCACUUCCUCCGGAUUUGUUAAUUGCUGGACCAGAAGGGCCUGUGCCUUUGCAAGGAGACACAGUAAAGAUAUUGGCUUCGAUACUUACACCAACUUUCUGUCCAUCAGUGCUUUCUUCCAAGUUUAGAGUUUCAGUUCUAUUGUAUGGCUUGGCAGGUUGUGGGAAAAGGACUGUCGUUAGAUAUGUUGCUCGUCGACUGGGCCUGCAUGUGGUGGAAUAUAACUGUCAUGAUCUAAUGAUGGCUGAUAGAACAUCUGUUGCUCUAGCUCAAGCUUUCAAGACGGCUCAAAGAUACUCGCCGACAGUACUUCUUCUACGUCAUUUUGAUGUUUUUCGAGAUUUCCAUUCGCUUGAAGGUUCACUAAAUGAUCAAAGAGGCAAUACAUCUGAAGUUGCAUCAGUUAUUAGGAAAUUCACUGAGCCAAUUUGUGAACAUGGUGAUGGUAACUCCCUGGGAAAAUCAAACGGUGAAUUUGUGGAGAAGAAUGCUGAAAAGACAAGUGGUCAUCAGGUCCUGUUGAUUGCUGCUGCUGACAGUUCAGAAGGUCUACCUUCAACUAUCAGACGCUGCUUUAGCCAUGAAAUAAGCAUGGGGCCUUUGACUGAAGAACAAAGGGCUGAAAUGCUAUUCCAGUCACUGCAAAGUGUUUCUGAUCUACUCUCUAAUACUAAUUCAGAGGGUCUUGUAAAAGAAAUAGUUGGACAGACAUCUGGUUUCAUGCCUAGGGAUAUGUGUGCCUUAAUUGCUGAUGCUGGUGCAAACUUAUUUCCCAGGAGAAAUGUUGAAGCAGACAAAGAUGGACCUGAUGAUGUAGAUGGUUCUCUAAUUUCCAAGGUGACGGAGGACAACAAUCACUUGAAAUUCUCACCUCAUAUUCCUGGGAAAGAAGACUUAAUGAAUGCUUUGGAACGAUCAAAGAAAAGAAAUGCAUCAGCAUUGGGCACUCCAAAGGUUCCAAAUGUGAAAUGGGAAGACGUUGGUGGGCUUGAAGAUGUCAAAAAAUCAAUCCUGGAUACUGUUCAGUUACCUCUCCUGCAUAAAGAUCUGUUUUCAGCUGGAUUACGUAAGCGGUCUGGUGUUCUUUUGUAUGGUCCCCCUGGAACUGGCAAAACAUUAUUAGCAAAAGCUGUUGCUACAGAAUGUUCCUUAAAUUUUCUUAGUGUAAAAGGUCCUGAACUGAUCAACAUGUACAUAGGAGAGUCCGAGAAGAAUGUUAGAGAAAUUUUCCAGAAGGCCAGAUCUGCGCGUCCAUGUGUCAUCUUCUUUGAUGAGCUUGAUUCUCUUGCACCAGCUCGGGGUGCUUCUGGAGAUUCUGGGGGGGUAAUGGACAGAGUGGUUUCUCAGAUGCUUGCGGAGAUUGACGGCUUAAGUGAUUCAACACAGGAUCUAUUUAUUAUAGGUGCAAGUAAUAGACCAGAUUUGAUAGACCCAGCACUUUUGCGCCCUGGUCGAUUUGAUAAACUGCUAUACGUUGGAGUUAACUCUGAUGCAUCUUACAGGGAGCGGGUCCUGAAAGCUCUUACCCGAAAGUUUAAAUUGCAUGAAGAUGUUUCACUUUACUCUAUAGCAAAAAAAUGUCCACCAAACUUCACUGGUGCAGACAUGUAUGCCUUGUGUGCUGAUGCUUGGUUCCAUGCUGCAAAGCGCAAGGUUUUGAGUGCAAAUCCAGAGUCUACCAGCCAAGAUAAUGAAGCAGAUUCUGUUGUUGUUGAAUACAAUGAUUUUGUGCAGGUCUUGGGAGAGCUGCCACCUUCCCUCUCCAUGGCUGAGCUUAAGAAGUACGAGCAACUGAGAGAUCAGUUUGAAGGCACCUCUAAAUGAACUAUUUGUCCUGAGAGUAUGUAGCUGUGUUAAAAUUUGGUAAGAAAAGUUAUGUCGUCCCUGUGAUCAUGUCCCUAUGAUCAUGCCCGGCUCGAAUUCGGAUUAGUUGGCGCUCGUUGGUGAUCGGGGGCAUGAAUUAUGUGUCAGGUGUAAGAAUAGAUAAAGUAAGGGAUAGAAGUGUCGCUUUCAAAACAAGAGAGACGUUUGGUGUAAUAAGAAUAGCCUUUAAUUUAUUCUCUCUAUACACAAUUUACAUUUCGAAGAAAAUGAGAUUCUAUUGGUUGUGUAAACUGUUAUUCUUGUUACUUUACU